AUCGCAGCGGUAUAUUUAUUGCAUGCAAAAAAACGGAGCAAGAUGCGCGUGGAUUUGGCUCUGGUCAAGGAGGAAAUGGAAAUAGAUGAGGUCAAGUUGGAGCCCCAGGACGAUUUGCAGGACAGUGGCAUCAAAAUAUUGAGCGCAUGUGAUACGUUGAAAAUCCUUGAAGAGGGUUCCCACAUUAUAACCGUGCCGGUUAGGGAUCGCCCGGAAUCGGAGGACGAGCGCGAAUUCAUUGCCAGCCUCGGACUCGAUCGGCAACAGAUAUUUUCGGUUUCAUCGGAAGGCAACCCAUUGCAAAGAAAAUGCAACAUCUGCAAUUAUGUCCUUGAAAGUCAACUGGAGAUCUCGAGCCACCAAGUCAACCAUGAAAUGAACCGGCAUUUCUGUCGUCUGGGAUGUAUCAUUUGGUUAGACACCCUAGAGCAGAUCCUUGAGCAUGAAUAUCGCCACCACUCACAGCCAGGACAUGUAUUCUGUUGUAGGGUUUGUGAUUAUCUAGCCACAGACGCGGAUUGCCUGGCUACCCAUAUGAAAACACAUAUUUAUCUAUAUCGUUUUGUUUGUGCCAUUUGUCGUCGCCAUUUUGAGUCCCACCAGAGCCUUAAUCUGCAUUGGAAGGAUGACCAGUUCGUCUGCGGGCAGGUGCAGUACAUGGAGGCGCUAUCCUCCAAAGCAGAGCUUGUGGCAGUUAAGACACCAGUUUCUACAGAGUCGCUGUGCGACGUACAAAUCAAAACGGAGCCGCUCAGUUCUGAGGAAAUAGAACAAAUGCUAUUGGAAGGCAUUCCUCCAAACAGCGUUAAAUUCGAACCCCAGGACGAGGAAAUGCUAGAAGAUAGCAUUAAGAAGGAAUUCAAGGAACACUCUAUCGAUAAUGGUUCUGUCUGGCCAACCAUACCUAUUCCACUCAGGAACAAACUGCGCCUGCCUGCUUUGAGCUCCAACAAACUGCAUUCGGAUUCAAAAAGUGUGAAAUGGAAUAAUCGACCCAUUUCAAAUGUGAUGGCCGACAAUACAAGGAUUCUACAAAGUGGUAGACAAGACUCAGUGGAACAAAGAAAGACGCCCAUCGCAGCAAAUAUACUGAAAGUAUUGCCCAGCAACUGCAUGGUCAUUAAGUUGCCGCCCAACACAAAAAUCUUUAAGAUGCCUGAUCAAGCUCCGACUGGCCUUAAGAUGCCAGGUCAAGCUCCGGCUGUCUUAAAGGACUCCCUUCAAGUUAGUCUAAGUGGCAUGGAAAAGGCAGCAAGUGUCAUUAAGAUACCGCAUGCAAUUAGUAUAACCAAAGUCAAUUUUGCGGAAAAUUCUGUUUCCACUCCUGUUUCCAUUAUCCAAACUGCGCUCCCGGCACAGACCCACAAUCGGUCGUGCUUUCUCAGUGACGCGUUUAACAAAUCGGAGAGCCGACCCGAAUCACUGAAGAUAAUUUCCGAAAUUCGUAAUCAAAUUCGCUCCAUAGAGAAGACAUUGCCUCUGCCGGGAACAGUGCUGCAAACUUCAAAGAUGAAAAAGGAUAACCAUUUGCCAACUCCUUUGAUUGCUUCAAAGGAUGCACCAAAGCCCAUUGAACUAAUUCUCAGCCCAUUGUCUUUUAUGUUGGCCAAGGAGCUGCAGAACAAGCAUCCACUUUAUCGUUUUAUGUGGACUUGUCCGGAAUGCCAGCGCUCUUUUGAGAAGCAUUCCGCAUUUCGUACGCACUUGACUACCAAGCAUGAUUUAAGCCAGGAAAAACUGAACAGUCUCAAAGUGAUCUUAAUGCCAUACAAAAUACUCUCACAGAAUUCAUUGGAAACGCUUGUAGACUCUAAGCUACAAGUACCUGAACCUUCUCCAGUCCCGGACAAGGUUGUUAAUUUGCCUUGUCCGCUAAACGCUAGUGAAGGUGUUGCUCCCUUGAUAGAUCAGACAUCGGCUAAACCAAAUAUUUGUGAAGAUGUAUCACCGCCAAUGAAAACCGAUGAGAAAUCAGCAGGCUCGAAGAAGUCGACGAAGAAUAAAUUAAAAUGCACAGAGUUCCAGUGCACGGAGUGCUCUAAAGUAUUUACCACAUUUGGAGCGCUACGCAUCCACAAGUCAAUUCACACAGGAGAUUUGCCGCAUAAGUGUAACUAUUGUGACAAACGCUUUCGAACUCCUGGCCAGGUGCGGGUACACCACCGUCGUCACACCGGGGAGAAACCCUUUAAAUGCAAGGUCUGCUCAUUGGAUUUUACUCACCGUGAAACUCUAAUUUCUCAUCUAUCGCGCCAUAUUGGAAUGAAGCGUUAUAAAUGCUAUGGAUGCGACAAAUAUUUUGUAGUUGUCAGCGGAUUACGAGCCCAUCGUCGCCUCCGUCCGGACACCUGCGGCAAGGUCAAAUUUACUGCGCGAGCGCACGGCCCUCGGGUAAGGGUCAUCAGGGGGGAGGUGGUCUUCGAACAUCACCCAGAACACAAUGGCUACCUACGCAGUGAGGAUCCGCUCAACAUUUUGUCACAGCGCGAUCAGACCGACUCGACCCCAGUUGAAAUUGCUAGGGUCUGAACUAAUUGUUAUGUUUGUUUUUCUCACCAAUCUAUCUUUACCUUUUCCAUUCGAAUGGCACCACUAUGAUAUAUUUUGUAUUUUUUUAAAAAAUGCAUUCAAAAUUAAAAUAUUUAAAGGUUUAAGAUCUUGAAUCAUAAGAUACAUUUGUUACCAAUGAAUAUUCAUUGACUUCUAAGACUUCCUUUAUGUUUGAACAAAACCCACGCACAUAUAAAUAAAUCUGUUUAUACAAAGACACACAUAA